AUGAAGGUGUUGAGAGGUGAAGGUGUAUUGAUCAAACCCUGUGCGGGUAAAGAUCAACGUAAGCUUGUUGAACUGAACAAUUUUGAUUUGAUUGCACACCCAAUGUUUAACAAGGUGGUCUAUGUUUUCGAGGCUCCCACCCCAAGCUCAAAGGUUUUGAAGGAAGGACUGGGCAAAGUUCUGGCAGAGUUCAGAGAAUGGGCAAGGAGAUACACGGAAGAAACACCCAAUGGAUGCCUUGGUAUCAAUCUGAAUGAUGAGGGUGUGUUUGUGAUAGAACGCGAAGCAGAUGGGAGAAUAGCAGAUGCAAUGCCCUUUCAUCCCUCUGAAUUCCUCCUUGAGUUGAUACCACGCAUGCCCACCAUGGUCGUUGAGCUCUUACUCUUGCAGUUUACUCGAUUUGCUUGUGGAGGGUUGGUGAUAGGCCUAGCUAGUCAUCAUUAUGUUGCAGAUGGACAAGCAGCUACUUUUUUCAUGAAUUCAUGGGGAAAAGUUGUUAGAGGAGAGAGUAUUCUAGCUCUGGUAAAUGAUCGGGCUCUAUUGAAAGCAAGUGAUCCUCCCCAACCAUGUUUUGAUCAUUUAGAGAGCAUUAUGAUUCCAACUGAGCGUAGGCAUAAUGCUCAAAUGGCUGACUGCAUAUUAUCAGAUUCACAGGAUACCAGCACGUUGUGA